CAAUACCACCACAACCCACCUCUCUUCACCCCCACCAAAUUAACCCUUGCGUUCUUCCUCUAUUCCAAUCAACCUCUCCCUCACAAAAACCAUGCUUGAUCCAAGACCUGAACUUGCCAACGACUAUGUCCACUUAUUUGAUCCCAACAGCCGUAUAAAUGAUAGUUAUGGCAGUUGGGGGGUUUUGAAUUAUAGUACCAGAGCCCAAAAAACUGCACAAAACUAUGAGAAUUACAGGAGUUGGAAUGGUGAUGGGGUUCAAUUUAGGCCUGAAAGUAUUGAAGAUGAGUCUGGUGUUUGUUCACCACCCUUGUGGAAGACUAGUCCUCCCACAAGUCCGGCUAGUCCACGGCAUCACCAGAACAAUUAUCGGUAUCUCUCUCCAACAUCAAGAACUCAGGCAAUAGCCAGAGGGCAGAGGGAGCUUAUGGAGAUGGUCAAGAGAAUGCCCGAAUCAUCGUAUGAGCUCUCCUUGAAAGAUCUUGUUGAGCAGCAGCCUAGAAUUGAAGCUCCAGAGGAAUGUUUGCUUCAAGAAAAAGAAUUUGAUGAUGAAGUUGUUCAUCAAAGGGUGAAGGUAAAGAGGCAAGAAAGUAAGAGAAAUGAAAAGAAAACAAAGAUGAUGAGAAAUGCAAGCUUUGAUCAUGGAGGAGGAUUGUUUCUUAAGAUGGUGUUUCCAAUUUCAUUUGGAUCAAAGAAGAAGAAAAAGAAUUCAUCAGUUACAAACACUUGUGCAAAAGUUUCUCCAAAGCCUGAGAAUUUUGGUAAGGCCUCAAAGGUUGCUGAGAAAGAUUGGUGGAAGAAAAGAUUUUCGGGUUCGAGUUCAAGUAGAACAAGUAGCAAUAGUGGCAGCAGUGGAAGCAGUGGAAGCAGCAGCAACAACAGGAAGCAGAGCAGUUUUUUGCCCGGUUGUUGGUCCUUCUUCUCCUUCAAGAAUAGAAAAUCAGGAAAGUAAACGGAGCCAACAUUUCUGAAUUGACAUUCUUGUGAAGAGGUUAUUAAUGUUUUCUGAAUACAGUAGAGUAUCAGAAAUUGUUACAGAAGGAUAUGGCAGUAUAGCUUAUGUAUAUUCUUAAAUAUUUUUGAAGAGUUGUCAAUUGCUUUUGUUGUUUUUAUUUCCAGAUUUCUUCUACCCCUUGUUGGCCAAGUGAUGAGAGUUGCUCUCAAUCCAAUAGGUGCUUCUGUUUGAGGAUUUGUAUGCAAGUUAUACGAUGAAUUGUAAUGUUUAACAAGAGAAAUUCUAUAACGUGAAUUAGUGUUAACAUCAAUUUAGCCCUCAAAUGGCCUUAAGGCCACAUGUUGAAGGGCACGGCUAAUCACAGGUUGACUUCUCUUUGCUGGGCAUGAUCAAGUUGGAAUUAUUAGGAUACUGGAACAGCCAGUUGAAAGGCGCGUGAUUCAGAGCAGAUUGACCUGCUACAAACCAUCUUAAACAUGACAUUAACAGAGAAAUAUCCAGCAGACCUUGCUUGGCUUGCAUUACAGGAAUGGAGUAUAUUUACUGCUUAGAGUUGGUCAUGAUCUUCCUCCACUUUAAUGUAAUAUUUUUCAAACUUUACUACCCUGCAAGAGUAUUCUUCAUUUCUUCUUAGGCUCUUCCCCCUAUGUGCCUGUUCAAAAUGCUGGCAAAUGAAUUGUCUGAAAGAUA